GCGACCCGCUUUCGAUUAUAUGAGCACAGCGGGUAUUCCCCUCGUUUCUCAUUGCCCUUAUCCUUUUCCUCGCUAUAAACAAACAAAACUAAAUCGAGGACGGGCAAACGCUGCAUCUUUCUAUCUUGUUUCCACCCCGUCAUCUAUCUACAAAUUGGUCGCUGUUUGGUCGAGACAGCCCAGCCCGCGCCGGCAACGGCUUUUUUCUUUCUUUUCUAAACCGGUAUAACGGAUUACUGUUUUAUACAGACAAUACUUACACACCGGCACCGAUCGCCGAGGUGACACACACACAAAAUGGAAACAAUGUCGCGGCACGCCAUGGCCGGAAGACCACAUCGGGAGAUGGAAGAGAAGUCGCGGUUCCGCGAGACUUUCUUCUCGCUGAAGAGUGUGGCGCAACAAAGACCUGAAUCUAUUCAUACUGAGUUUAUGGAAACAGACUGGGAUGAGGACGACAUACUCAGUGAAUUGGAAGAUGGUGGGAGUUCACCUCGGCACAGUAUCGACUCUUCUGGCCGCCCAAGUGUGACCACUCUGUCAACCUAUGAUGAGGUUCGCACGCCAGACCAGCGCUCACUUGCGCGUUUUGAAAUGGGCCCGGACCCGAUCAAGCCGACUCUUGGCCCAAGAGGCCCUCACCUGUUCCGUAGUUCCAUCAGCUCGACGAGCUCAGUGGAGUUCCAGAAUGCGCUGUCGCUCUCGCCCAUCACGCCCAAGGCGCCUGGUCAGGGUGUUGUCGAGUUCCAGCUGCCCAUCACCUUUGACAUGGACCUGCAGACACCAAGAACGGAGAUACACACCGGACCGGUGCGGUUUACCAGCGCGAGGCUGGACACGGCAAACCUGGCCGAGUGGGCGCCGGAGAAGGUUGCGCAGUGGAUGCUCAAUGCUGGCGUUGAGCAGCAGUUUGCGGAGAAAUUCAUCGAGAACGAUAUCAACGGGGCGAUUCUGAUCACGUUGAAGUUUGAAGACCUGAAGGAGCUCGGCAUCGCCUCUUUUGGGGUCAGGACCAAGGUGUGGGAGGAGAUUGCCAAGAUGAAGGACAUCCGCGCCGCGUCUCCAGACCCGGAAACGCCCAUCGAGGAUGAGCCGAGCAGGGAGGUGAAGAGGGAGAUGAGGAGACAGGAGCGAAAGGAGGACGGUGGAAACGUGAAGCGCAGCCAGAGCAGCCGGCGGCGCAAGCACCAUAAUGAGGACACCAUCCGGCCUGGCGAGUCUGUCUCCAUCGUCGGCAUCGAGCAGGUGCUGCCAAAGCCUCACCACUGCUCCAAGGGCGAGAAGUGUCGCAAGUGGCAGAAGCAGCAGCGCAUGAUCGAGGCCUUCAAAAACGACCACCCUUUUGUCAACCUGGACGGCGGUGGAGGCGGCGUGGUCAUGGUUGCUGGUGAUCCUGGGAACCCUGCCACCGCCAGAGCCAUCAGGCCAGAUGAUGAGGUCGUUUUCCGACCCAUCUCAGACGCUGUGCCCUCGGUGGUCGCCUCGUCUGACAUCCUGGGCUCUGAGGGUCUUGCUCCGCUCCAGUAUCUGCAGCAGGCCACGCUGAGGAACGCCCAGGCCCGCGAGCAACAGGACAACAUUCAGCAGUUCCUCGAGCUGCAACACCAGAUGGCCGCGGCUGCGGGUGGUAAUGAAGAUGUCCCACCCACCCCACCCUUCGAGAUGCUUCCUCACAGGAAGGCAACGCCCCACAGCGGCCUCAAGGCCCUCUCCAAACUGUCCAUCCCAGCGCAGACCAACCGUUCUACUGAAGAGCUCCCUGGAUCAGCUUGUCCGGGCUCUGCAUGUCCCGGGUCGGCUUAUCCUCCCUCGGCGCACACCUUUGGACCUUCACAGCCCUCGUAUGCCGCGCAGCAACGCCAGGCAUACCAGUCGACGCCAUCGCCCUCCCCAGACUCACGCUCUCAGACACCGACUGGGGUCUAUCGCUUCGGCACGCCCUUCUCAGAGAUGGACGUGCCGGUGACGGCACAUUACUCCAUGGCGCCCGUGGCGCGCGACGUCUCACAGUCUGUGCCGCCAGAGAUGAACUAUCACACGGCUACCAACCCGCCGCCUCGCUCGCUCUCUCGCUCUACCUUCCGCAGGCCCUCGUUUAUGGCCAUGCCCUCAGUGGACGAGAACAUGGCGACGCCUAUCGAGCCGCCUCGUCGCAACAUCCCCUCGCCUAUCGAGACGAACACCAUGACGUCUCCUCGGUCCAAACAGCAGCGACCUCUGCAGGCACCUCCCCGUGCUGCUUGGCCCUGCACCAGCAGCGCCAGCAACGGCAGUAGCAAGCAACACACGCCCAACAGCAGCAUCUCCUCGACGAGCAUGAGCAACCCGUCUGCACUAGCGGGCCACCCCAAGGACCUGGACGGAUAUCAGUACCAGGGAUACAUGAAGAAGCGCAAGACCAAGAUGCUCCGGCACGAGUGGCACGAGCAGUACGUUACCCUGAAGGGAACGCGCCUGGCCGUGCACAAGGACCGGCGCGAGGUCGACCGCACGCUCGAGUACAUCGAUAUCGACGACUAUGCCAUCGCCUGCGCCGGCCUGGCGUCGACGAGCAAGCUCAACGCGGCAUUCAAGGCCAUGAGCAUCCGCAAGGACAAGGGGAUGACCAAGGAGGACAUCGCUGCCUUCAGCUUUCAGCUCAUCCCGCAGGGUGACAUGAAGGGCGGCGUCGGCGGCGUCAGGCUCAGGAAGAGAGAGAGCUCGCUCCUGGAUGACGCCGCGCUGCUGCCGCCGCCGACGCCGCCUGAGGCGUCCAACGGUACGGGCAAGACGCAUCACUUUGCCGUUCGGAGCCGUGACGAGAGGAUUGACUGGAUGAGGGAGCUGAUGCUGGCUAAAGCUCUGAGGCAGAAGGGCGAGGGGUUCGAGGUCAGUGUGAACGGAAACAUGAUCUAGUCUGGCCACUGCUGUUGAUGUUCUUUUUCUUUGAUCGUUCAUACUGUUUUUCUUCGGUGCAUUUGCAUUCUUAUUGGCGUCUGCUCAUCAUGACUUGUUUCUCUUUUUUCUUUGUUAUCGUUUUCCAUUUUACUUUUCUAUGCUUUCUUUGCUUCACAUUCCAUAUACCUUUUCUCUUCUCUUCUCUUCUCUAUGCCUCACAUUUGAUACGACAUGAUACCGAUGAUACCUUUCUCGUCCUUUUUUUCUUCUUUUACCUCUUUUCCUGCCGCACUGAGUAGCCGUCGUGUGUAUACAGGCACUCGAGUCGGGCUCAUUUUCAUUCCAUUUCUGAAGAAAAAACCCCCCAACAUCGGUGGGAUAUGACUUUUUGUUAUGAGGCUUGGGACACAAAAAAAGAAGACACAAUCCGCUCGCAAGAUGCAAUGGGAGAGAUUUUUUGGGGGAUUUGUUUUUUUCUUCUUUUUCUGACGACUGCAUGACAUUAUGGAAGCGGGGGAUGACAACCAACUUACCACACUCUUUUGAUUAGCAUUGGGUACUUCUGAGUCAGUUUGAUAGCUACUUAAUCAGGACAUUGUCAUGUUUACUUUCAAGUAUGUUGGCAGGUGUGACGUAUUCUUAGUGUUCUAGCGUGUUGGUUCUUUCUGUCAUUGAUGUACAAGGUAUAUACAGUGGUAAAUGACAUCAAUAUAAAGCC